CAUUCCUGCAACAGCGUGUUUAAUGCAAACGUGUCAGAUUAUUAUUCUUAUAAACCAGGAUGUGUUUGUGAUCUGAGAUGCAGUGAAGAUGGCAGCAGGGACUAAAACUCUUCCUGAUAUUUUCAUUUUUGACUCCAGUGAUGAUGUAGUGAUCCGGAUUCUUCUGCAGGGCAGAAACACUUCUGGGAAAAGCUCAUCUGGGAACACUAUACUGGGAGAAGAGAGGUUUAAAAGGCACAAGUCUGAGGUGUGUGAGGGUCAAGCUCAGAUCUGUGGGAAGCAGGUGGCCGUGAUUGAUUGUCCAGAUCUACUGGAUCCAGCUCUGAAUGAAGAGCAGCUGGAGAAGAUGAAAGAGCAGCUGGUCUCUGGAUGUUCAGCAGGUCUCAGUGCAGUUCUGCUCACCGUGUCUCUGGAGGAUCCUGUGGGAAAUGAGGAGGAGAUCCUGGAUUAUAUGAAGUGUUUGUUUGGUGCUGAAGUUCAGAAAUACAUCAUGAUUCUGUUCACACGUGGAGAUGAUCUGCAGGAUCUGGAUCAGACCAUUGAUGAACAUCUGGAACACAAAGAUCAUGAGGAUCUGCAGCGACUCGUGACUGAAUGUGGAGGAAAGUUUCACUGUUUCAAUAAGAUGAAGAAAGCGAAGGGUCAAGUUGAAGAUCUACUGCAGAAGAUUGAAGGAAUGAUGACGGAGAACGGAGGGAAA